AUGGUUAUUGUUUUGGAUCGCUCGUUUAGGUUAGGUGCGCUAACGAGUUGUGCCCUACCCAGCUUGGUACGUGCAAAGAUGUCGGAAGUCGAGAAGGCGCAGACGGCUGUUCGUGAGAAAGACACAAUCUUCGGGAAGAUCAUCCGCAAAGAAAUACCAGCCAAAAUCAUCUUUGAGGAUGAUGAGGUUCUAGCCUUUCAUGACGUCUCACCUCAGGCUCCGGUACAUUUCCUGGUGAUACCAAAGAAACGGAUCGCAAUGCUGCAGGAGGCUGAAGAUACGGAUCAAGCCCUUUUGGGGAAACUCAUGCUGACAGCAGCUAAGGUAGCUCGCGAACUAGGACUCGAGAAUGGCUAUCGCGUUGUGGUGAACAAUGGACCUGAUGGUUGCCAGAGCGUGUUUCACCUUCACCUUCACGUCCUGGGUGGACGUCAACUUGGAUGGCCUCCAGGAUAA